AUGGCUUCGUAUACAUCCUCGUCACUUGGUCGUUUAUUGAUCCUUACCCUUCGAUCGACGCAGGCUAUGAGGUCACAGUCGGAGCGCCCUAGUCGCUUGAGGUCCUCCAGAGACCGGAUCUUAGAAGUGCAGGUCGAUGCCAAUGCCAGUGCCAUUGUCUCUGACUUGGAUGACAUCGAGAGUGUUGCUGCCCUGGAUGAGCCGUCGGUGUCGGUCUAUCAUUUGAACUUGAAUGGGGACGACGACGUUGAGGUGUUGAACCACGAGUCGGCUCACACGCCUUGGUUCGAUAACUCAAGUGACAGCGACUAUGAACGGCUUUAA